AUGCUCCACCUCCUCCCGGACCUCCUACGCACACUGUGGGCGCUCGUCCUCCGCGAGUGCCCGGGGCGGACGCUGCUCUCGCGCGCGUCGUCGGCGCGCGCCGCGGUGGCGGACCAUCUGUGGCUGGUGGCGGCGGUGCUGCUGCGCCCAAUCCUGGGCGGUCCCGGCCCGUUUGAGCGCCGCUGCUUCUCGCGCGCCCUGCGCCUCGACCCGCCGUCGCACCGCGUCGAGGUGCGCGAGCUCGCGACGGCCACUGUCAACGGCGGCAAGGACGUCCUCCGCGCCACGCUCUGGCUGCCGUCGGGCGUCAAGGGCCCGCUGCCGACGGUCAUCAUCCGCAACCCGUACGGCUCGCCGUACCGCACCGACUGGGGGCAGGUGCUGCUCGCGGAGCGGGGCUACGCCGUGCUCCUCCAGGACACGCGCGGCCGCUUCGGCUCCGAUGGCGACUUUGUCCCUGUCGAGCACGAGCGGGAGGACGGCCUCGCGACGGUGAGGUGGGCGCGCGAGCAGCCGUGGUGCUCGGGCCGCGUUGGCGUCUUCGGCGUCUCGUACCUCGGCCUCACCGCCUGGGCCGCGGUCGGCGCCUGCGGCGAGGGCGAGCUGCAGGCCGCGGUGCCCGUCGCCACGACGGCUCGCGUGCGGUCUGUGCUGGUCCAGCCGGGCGGCGCCUUCUCUCUGGAGCUGGUCGUGCUGUGGGUGACGCUCGUGUUCCAGCUGCUGCUGCUGCGGCGGCCGGACGAGAUGCUGCGCGCCGCGCGCGAGAUGUGGUCCUCCUCCUGGUGGUCGCGCGCAAAGCCGCCGCGACCCCGAGCCCGAGCCCUGACCAUGGGACCUCUCCAGCAGGCCGUCGCGGCGGAGGAGGAGGACGACGAGUUCUGGCGCGGCCGCGACGCGCUCUGUGAGCUGCGUCCCGGCCGCCGCGCCGCCGCGGACGGCCCUCCGCCGCCGCUCCACCUCGUCGCCGGCUGGCACGACUUUUUCGCCGCGUCGCAGCUCGCCGACUUCGAGCUCGCCUCGCGCGCGCAGCCCGCCUGCCGGCUGACGGUGACGCCGCACGACCACUGGGGGAUGGCGUCCCUGCGCGGGCUGCAGGUCGCGGUGCGCGCAGGCCUCUCCACCUUCGACGCGCACCUGGGGGACGGCGGCCCGGCGUGGGGAGGGACGGGCCGCGCUUGGCCGCCGCUGCGUGGGGUCGACAGCAGGCCCGCCAUCGAGCGCGCGCUGCCGGUGCAGGUCUGCUUCCUCGGCACGCAGCGCUGGGCGGGCUUCGGCUCGUGGCCUCCGACGCAGGGGGCGCACGAGCUGCACGCCACGCUCACUCCGGCGGCGGAGCUGCUCUGGGUACCCACCCCUCCCAAGCCCGCCCGGGCGGAGGAGCCGCAGGCGGCGCCGCGCACGCGCCCGUCCGCGGCGGCGCCAGCGCCAGCGCCGCCGGCCCCGCCGGCGGCGGCGCCGGCCGCCGCCUCGUCGCGGGUCGCGGCUCUGGUUCGGCGCGUCUCGCGGCUCGGGGCGCCGUCGAGCCCCGGCACCGGCCUGCUCGAGCCCGCGCCGGCGGCGGCGCGGCUGGGCGGUGCGGAGCUGCCGCCGCAGCUGCCGGCCCUCCCUUCGGGCGCGUCCCUCACCUACCUGUACUCGCCGAGCGCGCCGACGCCGGCCUGCGGCGGCCCCUCCUUCAACAUUCUCAACGGCGGGGAGCGCAGCCAGGCCUCAGUCGAGCGGCGGCGCGACGUGCUCGUCUUUUCGAGCGCGCGGCUGCCCGAGCCCCUCACUGUCGCAGGGCCCGUCGGGCUGACGGUCAACCUCUGCGAGGGAAUGCUCCGCCUCCGCGCGCCGAUGGACGCCGCCUCAGGAGGCGCCCAGGUCAACCUCUGCGAGGGAAUGCUCCGCCUCCGCGCGCCGAUGGACGCCGCCUCGGGAGGCGCCCAGGUGGGCGGCGGCGUAGACGGCCCCGGCGUCGAGGCGCGCGUCGAGCUGGGGCCGGUGGCGGCCGAGUUCCCGCGCGGCUCGCGGGUGCGUCUGCACGUCUGCUCGGCGGCGCACCCUCGCUGGAUGCGCAACUUGUGCGACGACCCGAGGGUGCCCCUCGGCGAGCAGCGCACGGGCAUGGCGGCGAAGGUGCGCGUCUGGGUGGACGGCUCGAGCAGGCUGGUCCUUCCUUCCAUCCCCAGCGAGGCGAGGCGAGGGGUCGGGCCGCUGUGA